UAGGUUGGCCUGCAAACCGCCAAUGAACACAAACAUACAAAGAAGCAGCAUCUGUUCAACAAUACGAAGAAGAAGAGUUGCUCGUUCAGAAGUGAUAGUACACUGACUUGGCUGCUCUGUGCCAUUUGGUACAUGUAGUCUUUGAAUAAUUCAGUGCUCUGUUGCUUGGUUAGCAUCCCUUAAUUUAAUUUAUUUUACAACAGCCAGAUGAACCAAGUAUUAACGUUAGAGAUCGACAGCAAUUGAUUGCUCUCGCAUACAGUAAUGGCGAGCGAUGAAAUAGACUACAAUAUCGUGUUUCCAGAUGCAGGGACAUCGGAGAGACACUGGCAAGGGACAAAGGAGCCAGUUGUGAUACUGUUGGGCUGGGCUGGUUGCAAAGACAAACAUCUCUCCAAAUACAGCUCCUUCUAUAAUGAACAGGGAUGUUUAACUAUCCGCUACACAGCUCCUUUGAAGACUGUCUUUAUCUCAGAGUCGUUUGGCUACAAGGAGCUCAGCAGUACAGCCCUGAAGUUGCUGGAGAUCCUUUAUGACUACGAGGUGGAGAACAGUCCUAUUUUCUUUCAUAUAUUCAGUAAUGGUGGCUUCAUGCUGUACCGUUACAUUGUAGAAUUGUUGCACAAUGACAAACAGUUCAGCUCCCUGUGUGUGAUUGGGGCUGUAGUGGACAGCGCCCCUGGUAGUGUGAACAUCCGUGGGGCCCUGCGUGCGCUGAGGGCCACCUUAGGGCCAAAAAUAAGUCCUUUUUUAAGAUAUGUCCUGUUAGCACUUUUUGCAGUGACUGUCUUCCUGUUGCGAGUCGUGCUGUAUCCUCUGACUAAGUACAUUCACAAGAACCACUAUGAUGCUGUGUGGGAGAGACCUCCUGUGUGGCCUCAGUUUUUUCUGUAUUCCAGUGAGGACCAGGUGGUCAGGCACAGGGACGUCGAGCUGUUUGUGGGGAACCUGAAGCAGAAAGGCGUGCCAGUGGAUCUUUUUGACUUUGUUUCCAGCCCUCAUGUCAGUCAUUUUCGGGAGUUUCCUGAGCAGUAUGUUCUAAAGUGCCGCAAUUUCCUGGUAGCUUGCAUGAAGGACUUGGAAGGGACUGAGAAAAAGAAGAGACACCUGAUUCAAAAUCAGUAAAACUCAGAAAAAAUGUUGCUAACCCUCCUGUUUAGCAGUCUUAUCCAGAUUUAAAACAGAGACUUUGUGCAGUACAAGAUUGAGAUCGUGAAGGUCCCAGUGCACAAAAU